UCAUGUUUUGAACCCGAGACUUUGCCUGAGUCGGGCGCCCGCCGAUGAUUAUUGUUGAUUUGUUUGUGUUACUGCAGCCGGCAGUGAUGUGAGGCUCGGAGCCAGACCUGUUUUGUCUCAGACGCUCGCAGUCCCGCUCUCAAACGCCUGCUGCCAGCGCUCUCGCCGAGCCUCCCUCUACCACAUCUCGCAUUCCCCUCAUCCCCCCAACCCAAUCCCCGGCCAAAUCAAGUGCUCAGCAUUGGGCGCGUUUGCCCCCCUCUCUAUUCCUGCCAACAUGUUGAUGUGGUCGGUGCCAGGCUCCCGGCUCCCUUCGCCCCGGGACUCGGCGCUCCGCAGGGCGGCACUGGCUGGAGCUGUGGCCGAUCUCCCUCCGUACCUCCCGGGCAGCAGGAGCAUCAAGGUCUUCGUCAGCUCCAAUCCCGAAGACACAGAAGCAGAACGGAAGUCACUGAAGGAGCACGUGUACCCUAAGCUGCGGGAAUUCUGCAGGGAAAACUACGGGCUUGAAUUCCAGGUAAUAGACGUUUACUGGGGAUUGGAUCCAGAAGAAUGGGAUAACCCAGAAAUCCAUAGAAUUCGAAUGAGGCUUUUAGAAGAUUGCCUGAAAACAUCUGCCGGUCCAUGUUUUGUUGGACUAUUUGGAGAAAAGUAUGGCAGCGUUCGCAUCCCCGGGGAGGUUGAGACUUCUGAAUUUGAGAUGAUUUUGGAUGCUGCUGUGGAGGCACAGCUGGAGACAAAAGUCUUGGAGGAGUGGUACUGUAGAGAUGAAAACUCCGUCCCACCAACAUACUACCUCAAACCAAAGUCUGAAAUGCUGAAAAAUUCACAGAAUGUGACAGAUAUAACUAUAAAUUCCCCCAACCCCAAGAAAUGGAAGGAAAUAUCAGAGGACAUCAAGAAAGUUUUAAAAACUGCAGUAAACUUACUGCAAGAGCGAGGAACUAUGGAGAGUUCCAAAGCCAAGAAGUAUCUUUGUUCAGCAAUUGAAGAUGAGUUUGAGUUUGCCCUGGGAAACCAAACGCCAGCAUUUCUAAAGAAGUGUGUGUGUUAUAUCAGGAAAAUCGCAAACAUUGACCGUCACGUGAAGAAUCCAGAAAUGGGCCGGUACAUGGACAUCAUAGAGGUCAAUGGAAAACUUAUACGAGACCCCAUUGCGAUUGAAAAGCUUGUGAAACUGAGGGACGAGUUUAUUCCUACGAUUGUUGCCUCUUCCAACCUGAGAGUAUACACAUCCAUUACCCAUUGCGAUAUGAAGCUUGGAUAUUCAGAGAAUGUAGAAAACCAGUAUGUUGAAGGCCUUUGUAAGCAGUUCUAUGAUGAUAUGAUUGACAUUAUUCAAUCUAUAGUUCAACAGAACUUUGACAUUGAAUCUGAUGCACUUUAUGAUGAAGUUCUGCAGCACUUGUCCCUUUGUAAAAUGAAUGCGUCUUUCUACCAAUAUGAAUGUGAAGCCUUGGACCUCAUCCAGAAGUAUAUACUGCCUUGCAAAUCAGCACAGGUGAACCCACUUGUGGUAUAUGGUGGACCAUGCACAGGCAAAACACUUCUACUGGCAAAGGUGGCACAACAGGCCUACUCAUGGCUUCAAGAGGAAAUGGGCUCCGAUUCUGUUCCAGUUAUAACUGUGAGGUUCUUGGGAACAACUGAAUUAAGUACAGAGCUUAAAACCUUACUGCAAAGUCUCUGUGAACAAUUAGCCAUUAACUACCGAUGUCUCAUACACAGUUAUCCUCAAAAAGUACAUGACCUGAGGGAUUUAUUCGUAAACCUACUGAAUGAGUCUUCAUUUCAUCGGCCGUUGGUGUUAAUUUUUGAUGCUGUGGAGCAAUUGUCAGAUGGUGAGGAAGCUCGCAAAUUGUGGUGGCUUCCCAUUCACCUUCCGCGCUCGGUCCGGAUAAUAUUGUCAACGCUGCCCAACAAACAUGGCAUUUUGCAAAAACUGAGAUGCUUGAUACAAGAGGACGAUAAUUAUAUUGAGUUGCCACAACGUGACAGGAAGAUCUGCAGUCAAAUGUUGAAGUGUCAGCUUCUGCAAGUGAAAAGAAAGGUCACCUCUGGACAGCAGAUCUAUGUCAAUGAAGCCCUGUCAAAGUGUACUCUGCCCAUGUUUGUUAAUCUGAUCUACCACGAGAUCAUGCAGUGGAGAUCACACAAGGAUGUCGACGAAACCUCACUUUGUGGGACGGUACAUGAUAACAUUGAGCAUCUUUUCUGGACACUUGAAAAUAAGUGCGGAUCAAGACUGGCCUCAAGAGCUCUUGGUUUUAUCACAAUGGCCAAAGUUGGACUGAGUGAAAUGGAACUGGAAGAUGUUCUUUCACUUGAUAACCAUGUGCUAAACGAAAUCACAACAAAGUCUGAGCUUCGGAAUCCACUGCGGAUACCAUAUCAUUUCAUCGCAAGGUUGAAGGAGGAGCUAUGCGGAUAUUUAGUGGAGAGGCAGGUGAGGAGCGUCACACUUCUAGUUUGGGCAAAUCGCCAUCUUCAUCUGAUUGCUCAGAAACUCUACCUGCAGAACGAGGAAGACAUACAGGAAAUGCACAGCAUUCUGGCAGAUUACUUUUUAGGAGUAUGGUCAGGUGGGAGACCACGGUUGUUUCAGCUUGAGAAAGGUCAGGUCCGACCUCCAGACAAUAACAUCAAAAGCAUGAUUAAAGAAAAUGAGACUGGUGAGAAAACCUUUGAUCGGCAAGUCCCUGAACAGCCGUGGGUCUUCCAGUGCAAUCCAUUGGAACCCGAUAUCUUUUUUGUGAAUCAUAGGAAGAGCACAGAGCUGCUGCAUCACCUGACCAGAAGUGAGAGGACAGAUGAACUCAUGUACAGUGUCAUCAUGAACUUCAGUUGGCUGUACACCAUGAUCAAAAUUGGCCACCUUGACAAAGUCCUGUCGGACAUCGAUCUUGCCUACAAUUACUCGCAGGAGAAAGAACUGAAAUUUCUAGCAAGGACGCUGCGAAGCAUCAAGUUGAAAGUUACAAAGAACCCGAGCUCGCUGUCCGCUGAGCUGCAGCAAAGGCUAUUGCCUGUCAUUAGCUCUUUACCAAAGCUGAGGCACCUUUUACUGGAGUGCGACAAGGACGGCCCAAAGUACUGCUCGAUUGUGCCUUUGCAUUCCUCCUUGGACGUGAUGCACAGCCCCGAACGGCUCCCACUGACCAGCAGCCAUGCCCAUGUGAUCGAGGUGCUGCCAACGUCAAGCCCCACUGUGGUCAUCGCCGCGUUGGAGAACGGUUCCAUUACUACCUGGGACGUGGAGUCACAUCAGAUUCUGCGGCAAAUCACAACUGCAAACUCUGCUGUGUUGGGGAUGAAACUCACACACGAUGAGAAGUACCUGGUGGUGUCAACGACAAAAAAUACACUGUUGAUAUACGACAAUCAUAAUUCAUGCCAGUUGUCAGAGGUGGAGGUCAAGGGUUCCAAGCACUGCAUUGCGGGUGGAGGCAACUGCUUCAUUCAUGGCUUCACUUUAUCAAUUAACCAUGCCCUUGCAUGGUUGCAGGGCAGCAAAGUCGUGCAUGUGAUUGAUUUAAUUUACGGCUGGCCACUAUACCAGUUCCAUUGUUGGUAUGAAGUUACUUGUGUGCAAUGUUCUCCCGAUGGAGUGUACGCGUUCUGUGGGCAGUACUUGAACACGACCACCAUUUUCCUCUUGGGGAGCGGUGAAAAGCUCUCCACGGUGACAUCAGAAUUUUCUGGGGGCUACGUGAAAUCCCUUCUCAUUCUGGCCACAGUUCAAGAAAUGGUGAUGAUCGAUAAUGAGGGCAGCCUGUCUGUGUGGAACAUAGAUGAAAUUACCAACCCCCAACUGAUCGAGGACUUUGACUGCAGAGGGAAAGACAACGAAGUGGUCAGCCUAGAACUGUCGGAAGACCAAAGUGCAAUCCUCAUCUGUAAGACUUUCAGCAUUGAGGUAUUGGACACCAGCAUCUGGAAGGUGGCUGAGAAGUUCAAAGCAAAGCGGAAUGAACGCCUCACAUCAGCGGUUCUCUCCAAAAACGGUGACUCGAUUAUAGCAUCAAUGGAGCAUAUGUCGUCGAUAUUAGUGUGGCGGAGAGAUACCGGGCAGUGCAUGGCAAAUUUGCAGGAAAGUUCUGGAGCCAUUGUACAACUGGUGAAAUCAAACCAACACAAUCUGCUGCUGUCUUUAACGAGCAAUGGUAUUCUCUCUGUCUGGGAUAUCGACAUCAUAACGGCGAUCUCAAACAUCGACAAAACCGGCAAAGCAAUUCAAAGCCUUCUCCUGCCGGGCAAAGGUGAACUGAUUUACACACUGGAUGGCUCCGAAUCUGUUCACAAAUGGAGUUUUAACACUGGAUACAUUGAGGCUAUAUUUAAACAUGAGAGCGUUGUGGAAAAUUGUGUUCUCACAUCAUCAGGUGAGCUCAUGGUUACUUCAGAUGACAAGGGCAGCCAGUAUAUCUGGCACACCAUCACUGGGGACAAUAUCUUUCGCAUCAACGGGCAGAGGAUAUCCCAGCUACUGAUUACGCAUAAUGAUCAGUUUGUAGUCUCGCUCUGUAACCAAGGCGUCUCUCGGGUGUGGAGGCUGUCCACUGGCCAGAAAGUCUGCAAUAUUCUGGUUCCCAUGCAGAAUGCUUUUAUCACAUACCCUAAUACCUUUGUAAUUGGUGUUUCAAAAAACAAGUUGCUGGCGGUCAGCUUGUGGACUGGAAGUGUGACAAAAAAGUUCUGCUGUGAGGAUGGUACCACCAUUGUAAAUUUCAAGCUGAUCCCCGAUUCCCCAGACUGUGUGGUUUUCAUUACAUCGUCAGAAACACUGUUUGUAUGGAGUGUGACCGAUGAAGCAGUGUGUAGGCGUGUGCAGCUUCCCAAUAAUUUCCUCAAGAACCUGGAGGAUUUUCAGAUAUCUCCCAAUGGGAAACUGGGAAUUUUGUCACGGGGCGACGACAACAUCAACAUCAUGGAUCUGCACAACGGAAAGCUGCGUCUCGUUCCCGCCUCUGGCAUCAUCUGGCGCCAGAGGCUGUCACGCGACGGUCGUUACCUGGUGUACAUUUGUUCCAGUAACUGCAGUGAAGACGUAGACAAUGUGGCUAUGUCCAUCUUAACAGUGGUCAGGUUGGCCGAUGGGAAAAACAUUGGAGCAUGUUCACUUUACAAGACUCCGGCUUUUCUCAGUCUCUCACAGCGGCAUCUGAACAUUAUCAUAGGUUUUGAUGACGGCAGCAUUGGAACCUACACCGUCGUAGACCGAGUGGAUGCUGCCUUAAAAAUUAAAAUAGCUACUUCCAACAGUCGACAGGUUUUUAGUAACACAGGUCAGCAGAUCAGGCCAAAGCAUGCAAAUUUCAUGUGCAAAUAUACAGCAGACUGCAUAUGGAGAGAGUCUACUGAGAUUUUUGCCAGGGAUAGCCCGAUUACAGUCUCCGAUUCAAGUGAGACACAGGAGACAGCACCUACCAAAAAGCAACCUUACAGUUCCGAUAAGGCAGGUUCAACAUUACAAAUAGACUACAAAUGUCAGAACUUUGCAGCCGAAAGCUAAGCCAUGUUGUUCGUGUGUGCAUAAAAAAAAGUAUACAGAAACAAAUAUUUUAAUAUGCUGAGUGUGAUUUUAAAAGUCACUCAAAGAUACUUUGGUUUUGUUACUUUAGAGGAGAAUUAUUCAUUAAUUCAAGGGGACUAAUAACUCAGGAUUAAAGUAAAUAUUUCUGAUAACAAACUUAUUUGUUUGCUAUGACUUUUCCUAACUUUGUUGCUCUGGUUGACACUCUCAGUAUGCUCAUGUUUUUACAGCAACUGAAUUAGCGUAAUGUUUUAACCCUUAGGGAUUCCGAGUAAAUAGUUUACUCAGCCUCAUGUUUUCUUUGUUAACUUUACCCCAUCCUGAUAUCCUAGUACAAUCCUGGCUCAAAUAGUUGUUGUCAACCUUUCAAUCUUAGCAGAGAAGAAACCCAUACAAUAAAUAGGAAAGUGAAUUGAUAAUCUGACAAGAUUAUAGGAGAAAAGAACAGCGAGUAAUUUAAUUAAUUACUUUGUUUCUUGAGUUUCAUCCAUUUUUUAAUAAAGAAGUCACACCUUUUAAAAUAAAAGCACAGUGGGGUGAACAAUUCCCGGCCAUUCCCUGGAUAAAUCCCACUCAUAACAUUAAUAUUUACAACUGCAGAAUGCCAUUAUUCCUACUCUUAAUGUGCGUUCUGGUAGUAUUGGUAGUAUUGUGAACAAUUUGUGCUCUUACUAUUCCAUAGUGUUUAAUUCAUGAAUAGAAAAAUUAAUUUGUGAUACAAAGCAUUCCAGGAAUAUAUAUUUAGAAAUGUUUCAAUCGUUUGAUCGGAGUCUAGUGUGACCCCUCCCAUUUUGGUCCACAUUGACCAUUUUACACUCAAGAUGAACUUGAUAAUAGUUAUUCAUAUCAUGCACAUUGUUAUGCAUCAAGGCCAUUAAGAAGUUGAACUUUCUAAACAUAGAAUAGUGAAUGUUAGUGUGGAUGUUAAGAGGAGAUUUGGCAGAGGAGUAGAAAGUAAUGACAGGUUUAGUUAGGGAUGUUAAUUCUGUAAACAGAUAGUUCAAGGAUUGUGGGAACAAAUGUUCACGAAAAGAUAAGGAGCAGAUGAUGGUGAGGAGCACCUUUGAUCUAGAAAUUGCCUGUAGGUGGAAAUGAGGGGCAGCACUAAAAAGACCAAAUAACAGGGUUUUAGGAAAGGAGAGCGGACUUAAGAGGACCGAUUAAAUAACAUCGAAAAUUUCCUGAAAAUAGCAGCACAAGUAGAUAGAUUGGUAAAGAAAACAUACGGUAUGCUUGCCUUCAAU